AUGACCUCCAUAAGAUAUGAAGGCACCCACAGUGCUGCCUUUCCUCCUCAUUCCUAUAACAUUUCUAAGCCAAUCUCAAAAAGAUUAAGCCUUCUGGAUGAAGGAACUUACAUGUAUUAUGUGGGAACAACAUUUAGAAAAAUUAUAGUGGUACUAAAGGUGGGAGCUUCUGUCACACCUGUGAUGAAGUAUGAAAAGAGGAACACAAACAGCUUCUUAACAUGUUGCAUGUUAAAUGUUUACCCUCAUCCAGUUAUCACAUGUCAAGUGGACAAUGAACCGAUUUCUAAAAGCAAUAUGGAAGAAAUUUAGUCUUGGUCCUUUUACAUUAAUAAUAGAGUAAAUAUUAUAGGAUCAAAUUCAUCUUAUGAAUGUACUAUUAAAAAUUCAGUGCUGAGGCAAACAUGGACAGGCUUCAUGGGGCUUCCUGUGUACAUGUGCUAUACCAGAGGGUGGGAGGGAAUGGGGAUUGAGUUACAGGAAAAGAAAGGAACACAAAAGAAAGGAAAUGCAUCUGCAGCAUCAUUUGGUCCAGAGUGGAAAGCGGAACUUUCCCCCAUCUUGGCUUACUUUCUGAGCUUCUCACAAAAUACAAGUAUCAACAAACACUGACUUUUAAGUCAUCAGAGUGACUUCUCUUUGACUCUGAGGGAUCUUAGUUCUUCAGACAGUGGGGAAUAAUUAUACAAUAUUUCUUUAAGCGUAUACACCUUAGUCACCUUCCAACCACUGCAUGUAGUUAAGUUACAAGUAGGGUUGAAUAAUGGGUUUUGA